CCUUUCCUUUCCGGUCCUCCAAGAAAGAAAAGAGGAUAGCCGCUUCCCCCUUCCUCCAAGAAAGAAACUGAAAGCCAAAUCUCCUGCAAUUUCCUCCCCCUCCCCGUCGGUCUCAGGCAGCCGUGCCUCCGCUCCGCCCGUCCUCGGACGAUCCUCGGAGCUCAACCAAGCAUUGACAUGGAUUCCGGUAAUACGCAGACAGAAGGUUCUCAGCCACUUCCUAAGAACCCUGCCAUGACGUCAUGCCGGAAGAAGAAAACUGAUGAUGAUGUUACCUUCCUUGAAGAUGUGAAAGAACACAUCGAUGAGUUCAUCCACGCGUCCAUGGAUGAACACAAGACCUGCUUCAAGAAGACCAUUCAGAAGAUGUUUGGCAUGUCGAAGGUUGUCGCAGAGCGGUCCGCUGCAGCAAAGGAAGCUGAAGUCGAAAGUGCUUUGCCCCUUCAGACCAGUGUGUCCCAGUAGAAGAAUGCGCUGGUGGCUGGCCCUUGUUGCCUUCUGGUGGCCUUGUUCUUGUAUCAGGUGUUUUUUCAUUUGUUUCAACUGGUCACUAUAAAUUUCGUGUAAGAAACCUCGAGUAAUAGCAUGAGUAUAACCUGAGACUGGAUCGCUGGCAGGCCUUGCUAUACGAGGCCCACGGUAUAGAGUUCCAGAGUAUAGCCCAAUAAGAGCAACAGAAAGGCAACAAGUCUUUGCGCA